AUGUUUGGCUUUUGGCAUUCAUGGAAAUCAUACGAAGAAAAUGUCAUGCCGAUCGAGCAAGAUAUCCUUGGGAAAUGGACGUUCGUCUCUUCGGAGAACUUCGAAGCUUAUAUGAAGGAGUGUGGCGUCGGCCUGAUGACGCGUAAAGUCGCAGCCAAUCUGAAGCCGACUCUUGAAUUCACAAAGGAUGGAGACUACAUCACCAUGACAUCGGUGUCUACUUUCAAAACUUACGUGACUAAGUUCAAGAUUGGCGAGACGUUCGAUGAGAAGACCGGAGAUGGACGUGAUGUCAGCCAAACGUACACAAUUGAGAACGACCGUCUCAUAUUAGACGAAAAAGGAAAAAAUGGAAUCCCCGACUCUCGCAUUGAGCGUUACAUUCAGGAUGGAAAGCUAUACAUUGUAUGCGAAUGCAAAGGAGUCAAGAGUACCAGAAUCUAUGAACGAAUGAAGGAGUAAAAUUGCAUGCUAUCUCAGCCGUCUGCCUUUUUCUUUGUUAUUGUUUCUGCUUGUUUGUGUAGUGUUGCGCUUAUAAUAACUUAAUAAACUCAUUUUACAUAAU